CGGCGGCGGCCGAGCGGGGCCCGGGAUGACGGCGGAGCUGCAGGCCGCGGCCGCGGCGGGCGGCGCCGAGAGCCAGGGCACGAAUUUCCAAAUGCUCUUAAACCGCUUGGGAGAAAUCACAGGAAUUCAGGAUCCCUCAUUCCUUCAUGCAGCCCUGAAGGCCGCAAAUGGUGACCUAACAGAAGCAGUCAACUUCCUCACUGAGGAGCGUGUUAAAGAGCCAGGCCAGGAAGCAGUCGCUGCGGAACCAUCUGACUGUGAAGGGAGUGCUGUGGGCAAAGAGCGCCCCACCAAUGUGAUUGAUCUAACUCCUGAUAACAAAGAUGACCUCCAGGCAGUCAUUGCUCUCAGCUUACUGGAGUCUCUGGAAGUUCAAGCAGUAGAAAGAGAUGCGAACAGGCCCCACAAAGCAAAUGCUGCUGAAAACAAAAAUCGCUCCAAAAGGAAACGGUGUGAAGUCUGGGGAGAGAAUCCCAAGCAGAAUGACUGGAGGAGAGUGAAUGACUGGCCUGUUGGCAUGAAGAACAUUGGAAAUACAUGCUGGUUUAGCGCAGUCAUUCAGUCUCUCUUCCAGCUGCCGGAAUUUCGUAGGCUGGUCCUUGGUUAUUCUCUCCCGCAGCGCAUGCUUGAGAAUUGUCGAAGUCGCAGUGAAAAGAGAAAUAUUGCAUUCAUGCAGGAACUUCAGUGUCUCUUUGCUUUAAUGUUGGGGACACAUCGUAAAUUUGUAGACCCCACUGCAUCACUGGAACUUUUAAAAGGCGCAUUUAAAUCAGCUGACGAACAGCAGCAAGAUGUGAGCGAAGUCACGCACAAGCUUCUGGAUUGGCUAGAGGAUGCAUUCCAGCUUUCUGUGAAUGUAAACAGCCCUCAAGACAAAUCAGAGAACCCAAUGGUGCAACUCUUCUAUGGGACUUUCUUGACGGAAGGGGUCCAUGAGGGCAAGACCUUUUCCAAGAUAGAGACCUUUGGCCAGUAUCCCCUUCAGGUAAACGGUUAUCGAAACUUGAACGAAUGUUUGGAAGGGGCCAUGGUAGAAGGGGAGAUUGAGCCACUACCUUCUGAUCAAUCAGUGAAGUAUGGACAAGAGCGUUGGUUUACAAAGCUCCCUCCCGUGUUAACCUUUGAACUCUCCCGGUUCGAGUUCAAUCAGUCACUAGGGCAGCCAGAGAAGAUUCACAACAAACUAGAAUUUCCCCAGAUUAUUUAUAUGGACAGGUAUUUGUACAGCAAUAAAGAGAUUAUUCAAAGGAAGAGAGAGGAGACCAGGAAGUUGAGGAAGCAAAUAGCAAUUCUGCAGCAGAAAUUGGAAAGAUACAUGAAAUAUGGCUCUGGCCCAAGCCGCUUCCCAUUACCUGACAUGCUGCAGUAUGUUCUUGAAUUUGCCAGUACAAAGCUACCUUUAGUUGUUCCCUCUGCUCAGGACUCUCAGAUGAUGCCCGCACAGUCCCCAGCUGAGUGCUGUGGUCUGAAUGAACCUCUGCAGCAAAAUAGUGUAUUAGAAACAGAAAAUACUGAGAACACUGAAGGCGCAGCAUCCACUCUGAUAAACCCUCCAGCCCAGCAAGAAUUAAUGAGCAAACUUCCCCAGCCCUCCUGUUUACCAGCUGAAAUGCCUGAAUGCCCAGCUCCUCGUGUGGUCACAGAGGAGGAGAUGAGCCUAGUUAGGACGUGCCUACAGCGAUGGAGGAGCGAGAUUGAGCAGGACAUUCAAGAUCUCAAGGACUGUAUUACCAGAAUCAAUCAAUCCAUUGGUCAAAUGUAUGGUGACCCUGUCCUCCGUCAGGUUCCUUAUCGCUUGCAUGCCGUCCUGGUUCACGAAGGCCAAGCAAAUGCUGGUCACUACUGGGCCUACAUAUAUGACCAGCCCCGGAAGAGCUGGCUCAAAUUCAAUGACAUCUCUGUGACAGAAUCAUCCUGGGAAGAACUGGAGAGAGAUUCAUAUGGAGGCCUGAGGAAUGCCAGUGCCUACUGUCUUAUGUACAUCAAUGAUAAGCUGUCCUACUUUGUUGCAGAUGAUGAUGAUGAUGCAGAGACAGGACAGUUUCAGAAAGAAAUAGAACUUCUGCCACCUGAACUCCAGAAUUACAUACAAGAGGACAACUGGAGGCUUGAACAGGAGGUGGAGGAAUGGGAACAGGAGCAAUCCUGCAAGAUCCCUCAGAUAGAGCCUUCAGCUACUUCUGAAUCUCAGGAUUUCACGUCUGAAUCAGGACAAGAUCCAUUGUCAGGCUGUGAACACAGCAUACGCUCGCUGUCCUCCGAACAUGCCAGGAUUGCAAAGGACCAGACAGCGCAGGCCAUUGCAAAUACAGCUGAUGCCUAUGAGAAGAAUGGUGUAGAGGCUGCUCUGUAUGAGCCAAAGGAGGCAGAACCAACAAAGGCCCAGCUGAGAGAAACAGCCCUUACAGUUCAGUCAGAACAGCAACAAGAUGCUAAAGGGACAGAGUCUGCUGCCCAGCCUAGCUCACAGGUCUCUGAAGUGGAGAUCCCCAGAGUGGGGAAGAUUCUGGUUAGAUCUGACGCAGAUGGAUAUAAUGAGGAGGUGAUGCUUAGCCCAGCCAUGCAGGGUGUGAUCCUCGCUAUUGCUAAAGCCCGUCAGACAUUUGACCGGGAUGGGUCUGAAGCAGGGCUUGUUAAGGCAUUCCAUGAAGAGUACUCCAGACUGUAUCUGCUGGCCAAAGAGACCCCAGCUCCUCACAACGACCCCCGGCUGCAACACGUGCUCGUCUACUUCUUGCAGAACAGUGCUCCCAAGCAGGUAGUGGAGCGGACCCUCCUGGAGCAGUUUGCAGAUAGAAACCUCAGCUAUGAUGAAAGGUCAAUUAGCAUUAUGCAGGUAGCACGAGCUAAGCUGAAGGAGAUUGGCCCUGAUGAUGUGAAUAUGGAGGAGUAUAAGAAAUGGCAUGAAGACUACAGUUUAUUUCGCAAGGUGUCUGUUUACCUGCUGACAGGGUUGGAACUCUACCAGAAUAGGAAAUACCAGGAAGCACUGACCUACCUGGUGUAUGCCUACCAAAGUAACACCACCCUGCUGAUGAAAGGACCCAACAGAGGGGUGGAUGAAUCACUGAUCGCUUUGUACAGAAGAAAAUGCCUCUUGAAGCUGAAUGAAAUGGCAGCGGCUUUGUUUGUAAGCAAUACGGAGGCGGAUGUGUUGGAGGGUAUUAACAUCCUGAAUGAGCUGAUCAUCCCCUGUAUGCACCUCAUUAUCAAUAACGACAUCUCCAAGGAUGACCUGGAUGCCAUUGAGGUCAUGAGGAACCGCUGGUGCUCUUAUCUGGGACAAGAAGACAUGGAUGGCUGAGCAGACGAUGAGCAGCCCGCCUACUACAAGGAAAAAUCCAGCAAACCAGCCCAGGAACAUUGCUUCCCCGAAUUCCCAUCUAGGUACAAUUUCUGGGACUGUUUCAUCCCAGAAUUCAUUUACGGUGUUAUAGGCGACCCAGGAAACUGGAAUGAGGGUCGUAAUUCCUGAGAUGCCAAAAAUCACUCCUCCGCAAAGCGCCAGUUGUUUCUUUAGAGCUGUUUUUGCUUCCCAGGCCUUGCAACAGUCCAGCCCACAACUGGAGAUCAAGAAUCCAAGAAGUCCCAAUCCAUUAGAGAGGAACAUCAAAAUUCUGGACACCCGGAGGUCCAAUGGCAGAGCCAAGAAAGACUCAUAGCUUUUACAUUCCAUAAUACCUUCCUCUUGCGUUACACAGACUUGCCAAAGCCCCAUGGUCCAGAUCUCCAUUUCAUUCAAGUCCAGGUUGCGAUUCUUCCAGAGUGGCACAAAAGUCGCAACACAGGAUGAGACCCACCCAAAGAAUGAGAGAAAUAUUCCUCCCAGGUGAACCUUCAUGUUACAGCUCCAAGCCAUGCUGAUGCUGUGUGUGUGAGCUGUGUGCCGGUCAAGAUGAAUUUGGGUGUUUGAGCAGAAGCUUUUGGUAUUAACUCUUUUGAAGCUAUGCUUCAGAGUUGGUUUCCAUGAAUAUGCUCUUUCAGUUGACGGGCUGUUGACUGAGAGCUAUUAUUUGUUUCUAGCUUUCAGAGGAGUAGCGUGGGGGAAAUUCAAGCUUAUACCACUAAUUCCUGGGUGUGACCACAAUUAUUUUCAUGUUUUGUUGGUUUUACUGGAUUAAAGAAAAAAAAAUUCUGGCAGGAGUGCCUUCCAGCAAUCCAGCCAAUUCAGUGCUGUGCAAUAGGGCAUCAAAUGAUCAACCACCACCACAAUACGUAAGCAUACAUGAAAACAGCCGCUGUGGGACCCUGCAACUACUGCAGUGUGGGUCCCAACCAAAACGCACUAACAUAGCGCAGCCCAGCUCAGCACUUUGAGGCAGAUUCAGCUGCUGCCAACAGGCUGGGAGGGUCUCCUGUUAAUUGCCGCUGAGAUUCCAACAUGCAAGUGGGUGUCCACAGUGCUACUGAGAGAUGGACGUUGCAGUACUUGGAUCAAGUCUGGUCUUGUGCCUUGUCGUCAAGCGUCUCCAAUCAUUUAGUGCUCCUCACUUGGUGGUCAUCUGGCAUGGCUGGCUAGGCUUUUUAAGGUUAAAGCCAGUGCUAUAAGCAGUACUUAAAAGGCCCUCUGUUGACUUUUGUACCCGGACUACUAUCUAGCUGAUCCUGCCAUGAAUCAGCUCCAGAAGCCAGGUCUGAGGGCAGGUGGCGUGAGCCACCCAAGUGCAUUUUACCAUUGAGGAAAAGGAGGAGAGAGGGAAACAGAGUAAAGAAAGAAGCGGGACAGAGAACUGGGAGAGCAGCUGUGGGAAGGGGGAAGAGGGAGAAGAGGAGGCAGAGGAAUUAGGGGGUCUGUGCUAGUGGAGAGCAGGAUGGCAAGGCAGAAAGGAAGAAUGGAACUGGUGCAGUUAGAUUGUUCUCAGGCAACACAUCUGAGAGAAGUUGUCCCUAAAAAAAGGUUUGGUGGGGAGAGGAGGGUCUGGCUCUCUGUGCAGGCUGUGUCAGUGCGCUAAAGUCAACCUAACUACAAUAGGCAACCAGUCCCAUUGAGUUCUGGCCACCACUCCAUAUGCAAGAGGGUUAAGCAAAAGACUGACUACCCCACCCCCACCAGGCCUCAGAAACCCUGCAGUGAGAGGCUUGGCAGAGAAAGUACCUCUGAACAAAUGGCAGCUCCAAGAACAACUGGGAUGGGGUGUUGAGAAGAACCCUUGAACAACUAGAGAUGUGGAAUACUUGAGCCAAACACCUCCUCUCCCCCCGUUAAUGACUCCAGCCUGAUAAGUGACUCUCUAUCCCAUUCUCUGAGGCUUUUUAAAGUGUUGGCCAUUAUUCAAUCGUUAAAUAAAUAUCAAAGGAGCUUGGCAUGCCACAGUGAGAAAUCAAUUGUGGGCAAGCCUUUAUGAGAAAUCCCGUCAUCUGCAUCUCCCAGGGCUCGCUUGGCAUGCCGAGGGGAAACGCGACCUGUUUGCUCAAGGUGGGAGUUGGAAAGACUGCCGGCUGGGCAGCACUUUCGUAAUAAGCGUAAUGACAGUGAUCAGUUUACCUGCAGCACUUUACCUUCAAGGAGCUGGAGGCCAUUUACAAACUCUGCUGAAUUACACCUUUUAACCUGCUCUAGCAGGAGGUGGGGAGCAUGUUAAAAUGCCAGUGAUCUAAUGCCAGGGUGCUGGGCAUGAUGCAAGAACUUGAAAGGAACAGCCGGCUGCCUUACCCAGAUGGGGGAAUGAAGGCAGAACGAAGCGAACUCGCUUGCCCGAGGUCCCACCCCAUGUCAAUGACGGUUGUAAAUUCAGGAGUCCCGACUCCCAGUCCUGCUGCUUUAACCACUAGGGAAACUUCCUUUGGUACAUAUACUUGAAAAAAACUGUUUGAAUUCAUCU